AACCAUCAGGGCUUCCAGGUUAACAUUAAUAAUUACUGUGAAUAGAAUACUCAAAAUGCUUUUGCGUUUCUAGUUUUAAGUGCUUCAAACAUAGAUAUAAAUAAAGGCCUUUAUAUAUAUGUAAGGUUUAAACGGCCCCAGAUGUUCAGAAGGUUGGCUUCUUGCAUCACGUGGUUUUUCUAAAGCAAAAUCACUCGCAAUUGGCCCGGCAGUGGCAUGUUUUCACUAUGAAAAACCGCAACAUCCGCGCUACCUGAUCGAAAGUCUAUUACGUAUUUUACUUAAGUGCACAGAUCAACAAAAUCACAGGCUAUGCCACCCCCCGGGCUUCCAGGAACCCCCACGGAGAAAGAGAAGGGCUGAUCCCUGACCCCCUGCUGCUCUCACCCCCACCAUCCCCUUGCCUCCCUGCAGCCCCCCUCUCCUCCCCCAGCCACACCCAGUCCUGUCCUAGCCCCCCCCCCGACCUGCCUCCAUGGCUACAGGAGGGGGGGCCUCGGAGACAGAUGUGUUGGUUAACCUGCAGCAGGUAAAGGUGGAGGAGGAGGAGCAGGAGGAGGAGGAGGAGGAGGAGGAGGGGAGCUGGGAGAAGGCCUUGUCUGUAGAGCGGUUUGGUGACAUCAUCUCAGACUCCUCCUGCGGGGGAGAGAAGAUGGGGCGCAACUACAACGAGAAGGACUUUGAGUAUCACAGACACACCUUUCAUCACACCCACCACCCCUUGUCCAGCCACCUGCCCCCGCCCCAGCGCCUGCGCAGGAGGGCCCUGACCAUGGACCGCCGCCGCAAGAAGAAGCGCAAGAAGAAGAAGAUGUCCAUGCCACCCUCCGAGGUCACGCCCACCAUCCAGGAGGAGGACGAGGAGGAGGCUGGGGAAGAGGCCGGGGAGGAGGCAGAGGGCCUCGAGUCCAUACCCUCGGAGAUACCUGAGGACCAAUCACAGUUCAGCCUGGGGAGCGAGGAGGACUUAGCACCCCCCCACCCCCCCACCACCUUCCACGUGGAGAGCGAGCAGCCUCCGGAGGGCGCUGCAGUGGAGGAGAAGAAGGAGGAAGGAGCGACACUAGAGCAGGUGGAGGAUGAAGAGGGGGAGGAGGAGGAAGGAGCGACCCCAGAGCUCCCGCCGUCGGCCGACCUGGGUCCGGCCGUGACCACGCUGGGCUGGUUCCGCCGGAGGCCGGCCCCGCAGCGUGCUGCCGGGGCACAGCGGGCCAGCUACGACCUGCGGGAGCGCGUCUGCAUCGGCAGCAUGACCGCCCUGGAGACGGCCGUCUACCAGAAGGUUCCCACCGACGAGGCCGAGGCCCAGAUGCUAGCCUGCGCCGACCUGGACGACAUGAAGAGUCACAGGUUUGAAGACAACCCAGGGGUGAGGCGUCACCUGGUGAAGAAGUCGUCGCGAUGCCAGCUCCCCCACAGCAGCACCAGCUCCCUGCCGCUGUCCAGCCUGAAGAAGAAGAGGAAGGCGUCAGAGAAGAAGACCCACGAGGUGUUUGUGGAGCUGAAUGAGCUGAUUGUGGAUAAGAACCAGGACAUGCGCUGGAAGGAGACAGCUCGCUGGAUCAAGUUUGAGGAGGACGUGGAGGAGGACACGGAGCGCUGGGGGAAGCCCCACGUGGCCUCGCUGUCCUUCAGGAGCCUGCUGGAGCUACGCAGGACCAUCACUCACGGAGCCAUUCUGCUGGACCUGGAGAAGAGCACGCUGCCAGGCAUAGUGCACCUGGUGGUGGAGACCAUGAUCAUCUCAGACCAGAUACGAGCUGAAGACCGUGCCAACGUGCUCCGAGCUCUGCUCCUCAAACACAGCCAUCCCAACGACGAAAAGGAGGGCCUCUUCCACCGCAACCACUCCACCAACAGCCUUCACAGCAGCUUCCACCGCAACCACAACCACGUCCCUGACGCCGCCCUGCCCCUGGUGUCGGAGGACCAGGUGGAGCUCCACCAGACCAAAGGAGGGGAACAUGACAAAGAGAAAUCCCUUCACCCCAUGCCUGUUGACAGCCACCAGGCAGCCAGAUCCAUGAAACUCCUGGCCAAAAUCCCCAAGGAUGCCGAAGCAACUGUGGUCUUAGUGGGCUGCGUGGACUUUCUGGAGCAGCCGGCGAUGGCCUUCGUCAGACUGAACGAGGCCGUCCUCCUACAGUCGGUUCUGGAAGUACCGGUGCCGGUCCGCUUCUUGUUCGUGCUGUUGGGUCCCAACCAGUCCAACCUGGACUACCACGAGAUCGGACGCUCCUUCUCUACUCUCAUGUCUGACAAGAACUUUCACGAGGUGGCUUACUUCGCAGAUGACAGACAGGACCUUUUGAAUGGCAUCAACGAGUUCCUGGACUGCAGCAUCGUCAUCCCGCCGUCGGACGUGGAGGGUAAAGACCUGCUGAAGACGGUGGCGUCCUUCCAGAAACAGAUGUUACGCAAGAGGAAGGAGCGGGAGAUCAAGAAGCAUCAGAUCACCACACCAGGGGCCGACCAGGAUACUAAAGAGGCGAGCCAGGAUGAGCAGGAGGAGGAGGAGUUGGAGGUCGACCCUCUGAAACGCUCUGGGAUUCCCUUCGGAGGUCUGAUUCACGACAUCCGCCGGCGCUACCCGCGCUACGUCAGCGACCUCAAGGAUGCCGUGGACGUCCAGUGUAUCGCAGCUGUCAUCUUCAUCUACUUUGCUGCCCUGUCGCCCACCAUCACCUUUGGAGGACUGCUGGGAGAGAAAACAGAAGGCAUGAUGGGAGUUUCUGAGCUCAUCAUCUCCACGGCUACCCUGGGUGUUCUAUUUUCCCUGUUGGCGGGACAACCCCUCCUUAUCAUCGGUUUCUCAGGACCCCUGCUGGUGUUUGAGGAGGCCUUCUACAAGUUCUGCCAGUCCCAGGGCUUUGAGUACCUGACCGGCCGCGUGUGGAUCGGGUUCUGGCUCAUCUUCAUCGUCCUGGUGAUGGUUGCUGCCGAGGGCAGUUUCCUGGUGCGCUACAUCUCACCCUUCACGCAGGAGAUCUUCGCCUUCCUCAUCUCUCUUAUCUUCAUCUACGAGACCUUUUCUAAGCUCAUCAAGGUGUUCCAGGAGCAUCCCCUGAUGAGGAACUACCCUCCGUUCCAGCAGGGGUUCCCUGACCUGGCCAGCGUGCUGGGCGGGCUGCUGCACGACGAGGGCCCAGUCCUGAACCAGCCCAACACCGCCCUGCUCUCCCUGGUGCUCAUGCUUGGAACCUUCUUUGUGGCUUUCUUUCUCAGGAAGCUCCGAAACAGCCGUUUCCUGGGCGGGAAGGCAAGAAGAAUCAUUGGGGAUUUUGGAAUUCCCAUCUCCAUCUUGAUCUCUGUCCUGCUUGAUUUCUGCAUUCCUGAUACUUAUACUCAGAAGCUGAACGUGCCUUCUGGCUUCUCUGUCACGUCUCCUGACAAGCGCGGCUGGUUCAUCAGUCCGUUUGGAGACAAACAGCCGUUCCCUGCCUGGAUGAUGGGGGCGUCCAUCGUCCCUGCACUGCUCGUCUUCAUCCUCAUCUUCAUGGAGACGCAGAUUACCUCGCUGAUCGUCAGUAAGAAGGAGCGGCGCCUGGUGAAGGGCUCGGGGUUCCACCUGGACCUGCUCCUGAUCGUCACCCUGGGGGCCAUCUGCCCGCUGUUCGGCCUGCCCUGGCUGACCGCCGCCACGGUCCGCUCCGUCACGCACGUCAACGCGCUGACGGUGAUGAGCAAGGCUACGGCCCCUGGGGAGAAACCCAUGAUCCAGGAGGUGAAGGAGCAGAGGGUGACGGGCCUGGUCGUGUCCGUGCUCGUGGGAAUGUCCAUCGUGAUGACUGAUCUUCUCCGCCACAUCCCAUUGGCUGUGCUGUUUGGCAUUUUCCUUUACAUGGGCGUGACGUCGCUCACGGGCAUCCAGCUGUACGAGCGCAUCACCCUCAUGGUCACGCCCGCCAAACACCACCCCGACCACAUCUACGUCACCAAGGUGAAGACCUGGCGUAUGAACAUGUUCACCAUCAUCCAGCUGAUGUGCAUCGUGCUGCUGUGGGUGGUCAAGUCCACCGCAGCCUCGCUGGCCUUCCCCUUCAUCCUCAUCCUCACCGUGCCGCUGCGACGCCUCAUCCUCGCCAGGAUCUUCGAGGAGCGAGAGCUCCAGGCGCUUGACUCAGACGAAGACUCCCCUAACUUUGACGAGGAUGGGCGGGACGAGUAUAAUGAAAUUCACAUGCUUGUCUAGUAAGGUCCGGUGUGCUACUCUCUCCUGACCUGCUAGAGCGGCUCCUACACAGACCGUUUACAGCCUGUUUGGAUGAAAACCACAAGUCUGGGUAGCUAAGUCAGAGUUCAGUAAGGAUCUGUCCAAUAGAAAACCUUGUAUAUACAGAAUAUUCCAGUACCCCUUGAAUCUACAAACACACUAAUCGUACACCCCUAUUUAUAUACUUAUUUAUAUUUUUGCCUUCUCCAUCGAGUUUAUUAUUUUGUCUGUCCCACUACUUAUCAGCAUGAUGAAUUCUGACGUGUAACAGGACCAAGGCACCUUGUAAUACAGAGCCAGCUACUCCUCAACACCUGCCUCCUACUGGGAUUAGCUCUCUUCCGUUUAAAGGUCAACUUCUAAACAGGUACUGAGCUUGAGUGCAUGGACUGGGACCUCGGAGCCCUCCAGUGUGUGUUGAACUGGACCUCAUCCACACUGCAGCUCCCUAGUAGACUGCUCUGAAGGGACAUGGUUGAAGAGAACAGCUCUGGUGUGACAGCUCUGGCUGUCAGACAAGUUCACUGCCUCAGUUUUUGAACUGCCUUCUCCCCUGUUACUGUGAAGGCGUUAGUUAAGGUAACAGCCUGACUUGCCAGAUUCCUGUGCAAUUCCUUUCAGAUCCCUGGAAACGUUAACACCAAAUGAACUGCACUGCCACACCAGUUCCAUGGAAACAUAUAGAUACAGAGAGCCUUCAGGGUGCCCUGAAAUCCAAUGAAGACUGAUUUAGACAAAUGUCUAUUUCAGUCUGGAAUCGUGUCCUACCUAAGCAGUCAGUCCAAUUACUUUAAAUGCGGAACUGUACAAGUUGUAUCUGCAUUGUUUCCCCCUAGUUACAUUUCAAUUGUACAUGUUUUUUGCUUUCUUUCUUUCAUCAAUUGUCAUUUGUCACUUUAACCUGACAGUCUGGAGUGUCACCCCUUUUUUAUUUCCUUGUGAUUUCUCAGUAUUCUAGUGGAAUAUUAUCCUGCCAGUUUUGUAUGAAGCCAUAUUUACGUGUGGGAUGAUAUGGGUUUCAUUUCUCACUGUGCCAUUCGCUUUGUGUGCUGAACGUGUUUCCUGGUCAUUUUAUCUCUGCUGAAGAACAGCUUGGUGGUUAAACUCAAGACUGAUUGAAACUAGAGUUGGCUUGUUGCCAGGUCUGAGAAUGUUCCCGACAAGCUAAGAGAAAUGUCUGGGAGGAACCAUAUUGCUGGAAUGCUUCAAGUAUUCUGACACAACUUUUACAUCACAGUCAUAGUUGGUGUGUGCUGUGUUUCAGGAAGAUUGUGAUGGUCACUUUCAGACGGUCUCUAUAGGACAGUUAGUGACACGUGCUGGUGUUGGGUCCAGGAGUGUUCUCUUCCUAACAUGAGGCUUCGGGGGUGUACCACACAUUCCACACAUUCUGACGGUUAUGACAUUUCAGGAAGGUGUCAGACGUUCCAUACUGAUGUUGACUAUCAGAUGAAGGUUUUAAAUGUGCUGAAAUCCGAAGAGAUUCUACCAACAUUGCUACACUCUGGAAUUAGCAGAUCCGAAAAUUUUACAAUAAAAUGACCCUUGAGCCACAAUGUUUUCCCUAAAAUGAUGUUUGAUGUCCCCUUUAUGUACAUAAAGGAGUUGACUUUGCUGAGUGAAGCGAACAUUUUGUGUUCUAGUGUCGUUUAUCUUUAAGUUGAUAUUCAUUUGUCAGACUCUUUUAUUUAAGUGACUGAGUGAGUAUUGCUGUUCUUGAGUGCUUCUAACCUACCAGCAGACAGAGAAAUGUAAUAUUUGAGUUAUUUUGGUUGUUGCCCUGGUGGUGGUGCUGUCAGAGUAGACGGUGUGUCUGGAAGGUUCUUCAGCAGUGUCACUUGAACGAGGCCCUCACCACCAUGACCCUGAAGCCACCACAGUCUAAAUAUGAAGGUCUGUAGCGUCACGUCAACAUCAUCUCAGAAGGAAGUGGCUGUGUUCUGAAGCUAGUUCAGUCAGCAUGUGUGAAGUGUUGCAGCAACAGGGGCUACGCGGGUGCUGCUUCCACCCACAGCAGGUCAGAAGGAGAGCUGGGGAGCUCUCCGUCCGUUAAGGGAAGUCCAAAGGUCCAAAGGUCGUUGUUGUUUGAGAAUACAAGUGUGCCAGCGCGCUGACCGCUAACCGGACAGGAUAGUGUUCGGGGGUGCGCUCUGCAAAACAUUUACGUCUCUGAGGCCAAACUGAAAUGGAAGUGGAGUGUUACUAAAGAUGAUCAAAGGUGCUGUCCCACCCACUCUGCUCUGAACUAGGCUUUGGAACCAAGAGACAAAAAGUAGGGCCUGGCAUGUAGGCAGUCAGGGGUCAGAGUUCACCAGGUUCCGUUGCCUUCUACCACCAUGCCAGAGAAGCAGACCCCCUGCAUCUAGGAACACAGGUGUUAAUGUUGAACCACCAUUAGCAAGAUUCCUUUUGGUGUGAAUCGAAAGAUCUGUGCCUCUUUUCGUUUCUUUUGACAGCAUGAACCUGAUAUGGAUCUCAUCUGUCGUAUGCCAGAUUGUAAAUGAUUAAAACAAACUAGACAAUCAGAUUUGUAUGCCAGUAUUAACUGUGUAUUGGUCCUUGACAUUAAUCUCUCCACUCAUGGAAUGUUGCUAGCAUAGUUAUCUCCCUUCAGACUUUGGUUGUUGUUGUUGUUGUUCCGCUGUUUCACUCACUCUUCUCUUGUACAGGUUGCUAACAGUGUUGAAACAGUCUCCCUCUCAAUCAGCAUUUUACCACACAGUAGGUCAACACUCUCUUUGCUUGGACAAUUCACUUUCCGUGAAGGUCAUCCUUCUGAACCUUUAAGAUACCAACACAAUAUUAUUGUAUGACCCAACCUGUCAUCAGUGCACUGAAGAAAAACUUUCUCUAUGAAGGGAAAUGUCUGUUGUGUCUCCAUAUGGGUGACAAAUGACAUAGGAAUGUGCAUGAUGUGUACAUGCCAGCGUCUGUGGAGAAGAAACAUGCUGGAUGCCAUGUCUCUUCCUCAGACAGUACAGUUACACAUGAACACAACACAACAUGUUGCCUGGCAGUUUUGAAGAUGUGCAAACAUCUUUCUUUUGAGUUUAUUUUAUGGUAAAUUAAGCUUAAGUUAGCAUUAGCAAUACUGAAAAGUACUUGUGUCACGUGAAUACUUGAAUAGCAGUCCCGCUAUUAUUUUAAAGAAGUUUUAAAACUACUGAACAAGAAAUUUUUAUUUUUUGUCUGAAAAUAAAUAUUUAUUAUGUGUUUCAAGUAUGCAUCAAGGUUUUAUUCACAACAUUUAGAUAACUCCACAAUAAAUCACUAAGUAACUGACAAGUACACUCUGCACUACAAUUUCAAUAAUGUGAAUGGAAAGUUAUGUAUUGUCUUGGGAUGAAAACAAUAAUGUAAGACCUUCACCAUGUACAGUGCCCUCCAAAAGUAUUGGAACAGUGAGGCC